GUUGAAGGCAGCCAUGAAAGAAAUCAAGAAUGGGGAAGCUGCUCAUUGCCCUCUUUCUCUUUGCCUUCCUCACUCCCUGCACUGUAAAAUCUUGGACAGGUGAAAUCCAUGGCAGAGUCGUCUGCGAUGUCUGUGCUGAUGGUUCUGUUGGCCCAGAAGACCACGUCUUAGAAGGGGCAGAAGUUGCUGUUCUUUGCAUAACAAAAUCCGGGGAAGUUUUAAAUUAUCAAGCGUUUACGAAUUUGAGGGGAAUAUAUACAGUAGCGGAGACGAUGCCAGAGAGUGAUCGAUGGGAUGCUUGUUUGUCAAGACCUAUUAGCAGUUUCCAUGAACACUGCACUCAUCUUGGAGAUGGUUUUUCGGGUGUCAAGUUUAGUUACAAUCAUGUAUCCGGUUAUUCCCAUGCUGUCAAACCUUUUGUAUACCGACCACUUACCAUUCCAAUCUACUGUAUUUGAAUUCGUAUGUUUAUAAGGUUAAGCCGUGUGACGCACAAUUGUAGCGUAAUAAAAUGGCACCACUGCUUCUACCUUAAAUGGAGUUGGAUUGAUGGGACUAUGAGAAUAACCUUUCUUGGUUCGAUAGUGAA